AUGUGCGCACAGGUGAAGAACAACAUCAACCUCCUUUUCCUGCAGUUUGGCGAAAAAUUUGGUUUCAGCCGUCCUGAACUCUUCCUUCCGUCAUUUACUCUGCGUCUGGUCUACAAGACACCCGUCUCUGCCACUGAUGCCUUUUGGCUGACGCUGGCUGCUCUGGAAUGUCAGGGAAACGAAGAUCCUGUAGAGAACUUCCACCUAGCAAUGGACGCACUCACGUGCCUCUUUGGACAAGCUUUUGAGGUGGCCGUGCGUCGCACAAAAGCUCGCGCGGAAUUCAAGUAUUUUGAUUCUCAUUGUAUUGAACUGUACAGAGAAGACAUGCUGAAGUUUUUCGAGGCUUUGGCCACACUGCUGAGCUCAUAG